AUGUGGACAACUUGCUUCCUGCUCUUCCCCGUCCUGGCGGCUCCAGCUUGGGGUGACCCCGGUGUCCGUCUGAGGCUUGGGGUGGAUUUCAUGAAUCGGGCUGUCCAGGAUGCCAUGGAUGAAAGUCAGGUUCUUCAGAAAAUGGCCGCAGAAGCCAGCAAGAAGACUCCGGGGGACAAAGCCAUUAAAGGCAUCUCAGGGAUAGCGGUGAAAGGCCUCGGGGCCCCGAUCAUCACCCUGGAGUUUCUGCCCGGAGUGGGGAUUUUCCAAUGCGUGUCCACGAAAAUCUUCAUCAGCGGAAAGAGCUUUAUGGGGGGAAGGAUGGAAAUUUCUCUGGUGUUGAAUAUCACAGCCACGGACAGACUGCUGAUGGACAACGACACCAGACUCCCCGUUUUUCAGAGCGAAGGUUGUGUGGUGAUUCUGGUCAGCGUCAAGACCAACCUUCCCAGCAACGUGCUUCCCAAAAUGGUGAAUAAAUUUCUGGAUAGCACCCUCCAAAAAAUGCUUCCCACCCUGCUGUGUCCUGCUAUUGAUGUAGUCCUGAAAUACGUGAACAAGAAAUGGGAGACUCUACAAACUCCGAUUCCAGUGGGCGAGACAGGGAACGUCACCUACUCUGUGCAGAGCGCUCCGCUCACUAUGCCUGCUUACAUCCAAGUGGAGCUCAGUCCCACAGUCCAGGCGGAGUCAGGCUCCCCGAUGAAAAUUCCGGAUGACGGAGUGGUUCAUAUUCCAGAAGGCUUUGCACCAGGCUCUUCCCAAAUUAUCCUGUCUCCGGCUUUCUUCAAGGCCGGGUUCCUUCUCCUGAAAAACUCCUUCAACGUGGACGCUGAUUUUCCCACCUCUCAGCCUCUGAAGAUGAGGGUGAAGUUGAGCGCGCUCCCUAAAAUGUCAAUGAAGCCAACUAAAAGCCUCCUGCAGUUCCACGGGACGGUGGCCUUGUUCAAAUCGGCGCCUUCGCCCCUCGUUGUCCUGAAAACGCGCUUCAACUUGGGGGUUCAGUUUUCCGCCACAAGCGACAGGGUGCGAAUGACCUCAGCUUUGGACAGAUCUCCUCAUUUUUCGGUGGCUUCUUCCUCCAAGCGGGGUUUGGAUAAGAGGAAACUGAAAGGACUCCUCAUCCGCUCGAUCCGGACUGUCUACGUGCCGGCUGUCAAUGGACUCUGGUUGUCUAGAUCCUUGAGGAUUUUGGUUGGCUGGAUCCCUGAGGACUCUGGUUGGCUAGAUCCUGGAUUCCUGAGGACUCUGGUUGGCUGGAUCAUUGAGGAAUUUGGUUGGCUGGAUCCCUGA